AUGGGCAAGGGAAAUGGAGUCUUCAAGGUCCUGAGCAAGUUGGUUUUACUGCUAUUACUAGGGCUCUCCACUGUUUAUGGAGUCACUAUCGAUGGAGCUUCUAAAAUUAGUGGAAGUGGUGCUGCCGGUGGACCUUUCGCACCCUUUGUUGGGCCCUUUAAAGCCCAGGACUGUGGUGCUAAUGGUCCAAAUGCAUCAAAAAUUGCAUAUACCAUCACUGUCAGUAACUCGUACCAAGCGAAUUUCAAUAAAAUUCAGGCAGCCAUCGAUUCCAUUCCCUCACAAAAUGAUCGAUGGGUUCGUAUCCUUGUUAGUCCUGGCACCUAUAGAGAGAAGGUUACAGUCUACAAAGACAAGCCCUGCAUCAUUCUUGAAGGAAAUAGUGGUUCAGAUAUUAUAAUUACAUAUGAUGCACACUUAUACACAGAUAAGAGUGCUACUUUCACCUCAAGAGCUGAUAACUUUGUAGCCAAAAAUAUUGUCUUCAAGAACGCUUAUCCUAAUAAAGGACCUGUUCAAGGAUACAAUACUGUGGAGCAGUCUGUUGCAGUAGAAGGAUGUAAAAUAUCUGUGCUUCCUAUUGAUGGAGGCCGGCUAGCAGGGUUUAUAACAGCUCAGGGCCGAAAUUCGGGUAACGAGAUGACUGGAUUUGUAUUUAAAGCAGGAACAGUAAUUGAAAAUGGAAAUGCACAUUCCUAUCUUGGCAGAGCUUAUGGAGCUUAUUCAAGAGUGAUUUGGUACGACACAGAAUUCUCAGAUGUUUUAGUCCCCCAAGGAUGGCAAGCUUGGAACCAACACGAGGAAAAUCUUGAGUAUGCGGAGGUUGAUUGCUAUGGACCAGGGUCAAAUUUAUCCAAUCGUGUGAUAUGGUUAAAGAAACCAACUAAACAAGAUGUACAAAAAUUCACAGAUAUUUCUUACAUUGACCAAGAUGGAUGGUUGGCCAAUCAACCUUGA